CGGUUUGACAUUUCUUCAACACCCUCUUCACUCACCAAAAAAUUUUCUGACUUUCGUUUUUCAGUUUCAAGUCUCACGGUCCAACCUUCAUUUCUUCUUCAUAAUUAUUGUUAGUUGGUUGUUUGAUGGAUGAAUUUGCGUGCUUGAGGGAUUGGGAUUUGGAGGCUAUUGUGAGAGGAAGCAGUGGUGAAGCCACCGCCAUGGACGAUCCAAAUCCUGAUUUUUCUUAUUUCUUCUCCGACCAAGACGAGCUUCUUGAUAGCUUUCCAGAAUUCUCAGAAACCACCAGGGUCCUUGAUGAUCUCGAAGAUCUCUACAAACCUUUCUACCCAGUUUUGCACCCUCUCUCACCUCACACCAUCGUUACCACUUCCCUAUCCAUCCCCAUAGAACCCCAACAGGUCAAAGAACUCAAAGCAUCGGAAGACAAAGUAGCCCUACAGGGUUUGAAAACUCCCCCAACACCUAAGUGUAAAAAAGGGAAGAAGAACCAGAACAAGAGUGUGGUGAAGCAGGUAACAACAGCAGAAGGUCUGGACGAUGCAUGGGCAUGGCGUAAAUAUGGACAGAAACCAAUAAAGGGUUCUCCGUAUCCGAGAAGCUACUAUAGGUGCAGCAGUUCCAAAGGGUGUUUGGCGAGGAAACAGGUUGAAAGAAGCCACUUAGAUCCUGCAGUUUUUCUGGUUACCUACACUGCUGAACACAGCCAUCCCCACCCAACUCGGAGAAACUCUCUUGCUGGGACCACUAGGAAGAACAAUUCCCUCAUUCCCCCUCCAACAACUCGUAACCACAACACUACUUGUUCCUCCAGGACACCUUUGAUGGUGCAAUCCAUUGAAGAAAAACUUGUAACAAGUGUGCAACAAAGCAUGGACUUGAAGAAAGAGGAAGACUUUCUUGAGUGGUUCGAUGAUGAUGGUGCUCAAUUUGGUGAUGCUUGGAUUCCAACCUCAGAUCUAGAGAAGCUUAUUGGACUUGAAUGCCAGCAUUUUGCACUGGACGGGGGUUUCACCGAUGGUUAUGCUCACUCUUGACAAAUUUCUGAUUUAGAGUUUUCUUUUUUUCAAGGCCAAUGUAGAUCCAGACCUACUCAGUUUUCUGGGUGUUUUAAAUUGCAGUUAUGUUUAUAUACCACCAUUUUACAUUGCGGUUCAUGCACUGUAAUGUUGCAAUACCAAUUAUGUUUGUAGAUAUUCCCACAUCAAACAAUAUUUUACUCUCUUUUUUUUUUACCUGA